CAGACACGCACGUGCACGACGCGCGUGACCGUCUCUCCAUCCCUCUCCAUCUCUCUCUCUCUGCGUGAGUCGAGUGAGGAGGUGCGGUAUUUUUCUCAGGGAGUUAAAAAAAAACCCGCUCCUGCUCCAUCAGCGUCCUGUGGAUUAACGUGAAGGCUUGCAAUCAACAACGAAAGACUUGAAAACAAGACAGUAAAGCAACAGCAACAGUUAUGUUCAGAGCAGUGUUUGGAAACAAGAGAGAGGGAGGAGGAAAACGUGGAGAAAAGAAGAGCCAGAGACAUCCAGGUGUUGAGGUGUACACUCACAGCACCUUGCAGAGGGGUAGCGGCGGACGCGCCCGACACCUCCAGGAGCACGACAGCAGCCACAAUGAGAGCCCAGUCAAAGCACUGAGACUGACCAGGGGUGGGUCCAUCUCUCUACCAUCCUCACCCCUUCUCCCUCGCCAGGUCGACAUGGCUCCCUCCCAAUCGUGCAUCAGGUUCCCAGGACGGGUAAAGAGGCUCGAGUAUGUGGAGGACUCCUCUAGUGCGAGGGAACCUCUCGUCUUCGCCUCGUGCCGUGGCAGGACACACCACAGAGACCUCCACGUGGAGCCCCAGCUGGGCUCCUCCCUUUCUACCCAGGAACUGAUGACCAGACUAUGCUUCUUAUUGGGAGAAGCAACGCCUGGCACUGCUAGCUCUCCUAUGGAGGACAGGAGGGAAAAGAAGUGUGACACCUCUGCCCAGGGGGGGAGUCCCAGCUCCACUCUGACCCGCAGCACUGCCUCCCCCUGUUCAGAGAGCCCCUCUUCCACCCUGAGCACCAGCGCUGGUGGCCAGCCUCUGCCCCAGCCUUUACCUUUGCCGUCACCCCAGUGCAGCUCCAGCACCAGCCCCAGUGGAACCCUCUCCAGUCCCGUACCCAGCCCUGCCCCUGGUCCUGCCCCUGGACCCUUCCCCGGGAGCAGCCCUGGGCCUCCUUGUCAAAGCCCCACCUCCACCCUGGAGAGCAAGGAUAGUGGAAUCACAGCAACCAUCACAAGCUCUUCUGAGAAUGAGGAGCGCAGCGCCUCCAGCGAUGUUCUGACGAAGGACGACGGCCCCGUGGGCGGUGCUGGUGCAAUGGGCCAUGUGAGUGAGGACCGCCUUACUGGGCCAACCAGGGUGAAUCUGACCGCCCGACCGGAUGAGGCCUUACCCAGAACUGACAUCACGGAGCCCCGGACUCCGCCAGCACCGAAAAGGCCCCUCCCACAGCACCACGUGCACAGCACCUCCUCCCUUGCGAUGCCUCGGCCAAAUUCUGUGGCAGCGACCAGCUCCACUCGACUGGAGGAUCUGAGUUAUCUGGACAACCAAAGGGCUGCCGGACACAGGGGCUCCGUUCGCAAACAUAGCACAGCUGGGCGCGCAAAUGAUGACUCCAAAGGGAGAUUGGUGGCCUUCAGACAAGCCGACAUCAUGCUCAAGCCACUGCUGUUCGAAGUCCCCGGCAUCACCGCGGAAACGCCCUUUGUCGGACGGGACUGGCUCUUCGCGCAUCUGGAGGAGGUCCUGAGAAAGACGAGCAGCUGCGAGGGACGUGGUGCCGUCGUCGUGGGUAACGCCGGAUCCGGCAAGACUGCAAUCAUCUGGCGGCUGGUGACGCUCAGCUGUCACGGCGUGCGUACGCCACAGGGAGGUCCCGGCAUCCCUCACAGCCCCAGCUCCUCCCCCAAAUGUGGGGAUAAGCAGGGAAGAGCAGCCUCCAAACAGCCAGCUGAAUCCCAGCCCAGCCUGAGUGCUGCUGCCGCGGGAACAGGCGAUGGCAAAGCACAGAGGAAGGAGACAGUCAGACGCUUGGCUGCCAAGGUGGUAGCCUACCAUUUCUGUCAGGCCGACAACACCUACACCUGCCUGGUGCCGGAGUUCGUGCACAGUGUUGCCGCCCUGCUGGCCAGAGCCCCACAACUCAGCCCGUACCGGGAACUGCUGGCACAAGAGCCGCACCUACAAAACACGCUCAGCCUGCGAUCCUGCGUUCAAGACCCCAUCGCCGCCUUCCGAAAGGGUGUCCUGGAGCCCAUAGCCAGCCUGCGCAAGGAGCGGAGGCUGCCCGAAGAAGACUACAUCAUAUUGGUCGACAGCCUUAAUGAGGCAGAGUUCCACAAACCAGACUAUGGGGACACCAUCGCGACUUUCAUCACCAAAAUAAUUUCAAAAUUUCCACUCUGGCUCAAACUGGUGGUCACAGUCAGGACAGGCCUGGUGGACAUCACCACGCCCCUUCCCUUCUCGGGCAUCUCUCUGGACAUCCUGCCCGACAGCAGCGACCUGGGCGCCGACCUCAGCGACUACGUCCACCAGCGGGUCAGCGGCAGCUCGCAGGUCGCCGCCAACGUCACCACGCCGACGGGCUCCGCCCCGGAUCAGCUGCUCCUCAGCAAGUUCAGCAGCCACCUGUCAACGCGGAGCAACGGCUCCGUCCUCUACCUGCAGCUCACCCUGGACCUGUUCCACAGAGGCCAGCUGGCCCUGAAAGGAGGGAACUACCUCGUGGUGCCCGUCUCCCUGUCAGAGGUGUACCUGCUCAUGUGUCGCGUGAGCUUCCCGGAGAAGGAGCUCUUUGAGCGGAUACUUCCGGUGCUAAAUGUGGCGCUGGCUUCUCUGCACCCACUAACGGACGAGCAAAUGUUCCGGGCACUGAAUGCGGGCAGUGUGAGGGGGGAGCUGGAGUGGAAGGACUUCCAGCAGAGAUUAGACAGCCUGGCUGGAUUCAUGGUGAGGCGCAGGGACGGCACACGGAUGGUGUGUCAUCCCUCCUUCAGAGAGUGGCUGGUUUGGAGAGCAGACGGAGAGAGCACGGACUUUCUCUGUGACCCGAGGAGUGGCCACGCUCUCCUGGCCUUCAUGUUCUCCCGACAGGAGGGCAAGCUGAACCGGCAGCAGACGAUGGAGCUGGGACACCACAUCCUCAAGGCUCAUAUAUUCAAGGGUCUGAGUAAGAGGACGGGCGUGUCCUCCAGCGUUCUGCAGGCCAUGUGGGUGAACUGCAGCACAGACAGUCUGUCCGCCGCGCUGGCCUCCCUGAGGAACCUGUACACGCCUAACAUCAAGGUAAGUCGUCUGUUAAUGCUAGGCGGCGCUAGUGUGACCUGGUGCACGGAGGUGGUGGGACAUGCCCCCAUCCUGGCCGUCCAUGCCCACCUGGGCCACGUGGAGAUGGUGGCCCUGCUGCUUGAGAUGUGGGCUCCCGUGGACGGCACCACUGACGCCGGCAUGACGCCCCUCUGCCUGGCCGCCGCCGCGGGACACGUCGACAUCGUCAGCCUGCUCUGCAAGAAAGGGGCCAAGGUGGGCCACGCUGAUAAGAGUGGCCAGUGUGCGCUGGUCCACGCCGGGCUGAAGGGCCAUGCGGAAAUCGUCGACGUCUUGCUGGGCCAGGAUUGGGGAGCGGAGGGCCCCGCGGACGCCCAGCAGCAAAGCAGCGGUGAGAGCGCGACUGGGAAAACGCAGGCGGCGCAGCGGGCGGUCACGGCUGCAGCCAGCGUGGGACACGCGCAGGUGGUGAAGAGCCUGCUGGACACGAAAGAGGAACAGCUGGCGGUGCAGAUGGACGCUCACGACUCUCUCUGGGGAGAAACGGUGCUGAGCGCGGCAGCCGGCAGAGGGAGGAUGGAGGUGUGCGCGUUCCUCGUGGAGCGGGGGGCGGGGCUGGAGAUACCCAACCGCAGAGGAAUGGUCCCGCUGCUCAGUGCCGCCAAACACGGACACGCGCAGAUUGUAGAGCUGCUGCUGAAGCAAGGCGCAGACGUCAACGUCAGCGACAAGCAGGGGCGCACUGCUCUGAUGCUGGCUGCCUCCGAGGGUCACGUGAGCACCGUCGAGCUCCUGCUGUCGAAGGACGCCUCGUUGUCCUCCGCUGACCAGGAGGGGCUGACCGCUCUCGGCUGGGCCUGUCUGAAGGGUCAGAGAGGCGCGGUGCAGCUCCUGGUGGAGGCCGGAGCAGACCUGAACCAACAGGACAGACAGGGACGGACCCCGCUCGAUCUAGCCGCCCUCAACGGCGACGGAGACACGGUGCAUUGCCUGGUGGAACACGGAGCGGUGCUGGAGCGAGCCGACAACAACGGCACCAGAGGCCCGGAACGGACGACCGGCUGCCAGAAUCCGGCCCUGGUGGCCUCGCUGCUGAAGAAAGGAUCCAAGACGGGCUACAGGACGGCUGUGCAUGAUCGAUCAGGUCAUGCGACGUGGGCUAUGGCUUCCUCCAAACCGGACGUUCUCCUCAUCCUGCUGCAGAAGCUGAUGGAGGAAGGCAACAUGCUUUACAAGAAGGGACGCAUGAAGGAGGCCGGCCAGCGCUACCAGUACGCCCUGAGGAAGCUGCCUCGCGAGGGGCAGGGGGAGGAGCUGAAGGGGCUCAAGGACCUGCGGGUCUCCCUCUACCUGAACCUCUCUCGCUGCCGCAGGAAAACCAACGAUUUUGGCCUGGCUGAGGACUUUGCAACAAAAGCCCUGGAACUGAAACCCAGGUCUUACGAAGCGUUUUAUGCCAGAGCGCGGGCCAAGAGGAGUAGCAGGCAGUUUGCUGCAGCGCUGGCAGACCUCCACGAAGCAGCGCGACUCUGUCCGUCCAACCGGGAGAUCCGGCGCCUGCUGGUUCGGGUAGAGGAGGAAUGCAAACACCAUCAGAGGACGUGCGGCAACAACAACCACCCGACGCAGGGUUACAACAGGGACCCGUACGCCCACCACCACCAUCAGGGCGCGGAGGAGGACGCGGACGGCUACUCACAGGGAAGUCUGGAGAGGCAGGUCCCCGCGGAGCCGACGGACGCAGGGAAGGAGGAGGAGAAGGAGGAAGGCGAGGAGGUGAGCCUGCAAUGUGGGAAAGGCCCCGAUUUCUGGCCCCUGAAUCCGUACGCGCCGAACCGGACUCUCCCCGGGGGCGUGGCCUUCGGUUUGACGGAUCAGGCGCUGUGUUUCCCUCAAGAGGAGUACCCGCAGAACCAGCUGUUUGUGGACCUGCCGGAGCCCGUUCCUGCCGUCAGCAGGCAGACCCAGGCCCAGGGCAGCAGGACUCAUCACCACUGUCACUCCCUCCAGGCCGGGAGCAGAGUCGGGGGCAGGCCUCUCUCUCUGUGCGGCCCCUCCAGCCCCCUGCCAGGCAGACACAUCUCCACCUCCCUGAGGCCUGCACCCGUGCUGGGUAUCGACAUCAGCCCCGGCUCGGCCAAUGAGCACUCUGGACACAGCCCCGCCGAGCUCUACCACCCCAUGUCCCCCAGCAGCUCCUCCCCACCGGGGCCUCUCCAGAUGUACCAGCCCCGCUCCUCCAGCUUCUCCAGGGGAUCUGACAGACUCUCCACCCACGCCGCGGCCCUGGACGGCCUCGCUCUCGCUCUGGCGUCUGGCAUGGAGGUCCGGAGGGAGGGCGGCGGAGGAGCGGGCACGGCAGGCUCCAGGGGCUCAAGCUCCAGCCAGGCGUCCAGCGGGAACCUGUCAGACGGGGGCAGGCAGCAGGCGCUGGACGCUCCGUGCCCCAUCAAGAGCAGCGGCAGCUUCAAGACAAAGCCUGAGCUGAAGCCGCGGCCUUUCAUGGGAGUAAUGGACAAAGCCGUGCGGGUUCAAGGCCAGCUGACCUCUGGCCUGGGCCGACAGGGGCAGGGAGGAGGGGGAGGGGUGGAGAGUUUCAGCAUGUCAGUCAUGGAGUUCCAAGGGCUGAACAAUGACUUCAAGCGCGCCUCCUUCCAGGAGCAGCUGUCCGGGGGUCAGGCCGCCGGCCAGCAGCACGGCCGGGAGUUCGGGGAGCGGCUGCACCAGCGGGAGGCGAGAGGCUCCGCGUCCUCCCAGCUCCGCUUUCCCGACGGACGGCACCGACAGGCGAGCCUGACGAGAGACAACCCGGCUCUGCACAUGGCUCCCAUCAAACCCAAGCGCUCCUUUAUAGAGUCGAACGUCUGAAUGUAGUUUUUCGUCGAAGCACAGCCACGGGCUGUUCCCACGGAAGGUAGCGAGGGAGGGAGGCUGCUUGGAGAACACGUUCCCCUCCCGGAGCCUGUUUUGUAGAGUUUUGCUGCUGCACUGCAAUUUACAAUCUAGAACCAGUGUUCAACUCAGGCUGCUGCGCUUUUUGUGCUUACAUGCGUCUACAGUUACACUAGUGUAUUCAAGAAAAACCAGACAUACCUUAAGUAGGGAUUUCAAAAAAGAAAAGAAGAAAAAAGAAAGUAGUAUAUUGUCUCAACUUUUAAAUUAUUCUGUCAAGUAUAGAAGUCAGAGAAAGCUUUUGUGCACGAAUAUACAAAACCUCAUGCUGUUAGUUGCAGGAUACGACCAUUUCUAUUGUCAAGUGUCUUUUAAAAAAAAAUAUUUAUAUUUGUACGGUGUACACUAUAUUUGCAGAUGAUAUAUUUCCCUGUAAGUGGUUAUAUGUCGGCAUUACAGGCUUCAAAAGAAAUUUCUUUGUGUACUUGAGAUUUGAUUAAAAAAAAAAGAAUUAUAAUGUAUAUGACAUUAAUGGAACCGUAUCAUAUUCUAAUAUUGACUGGAUUGCUUCAAUAUUCACAGUAUAUGUUAUUUAUUUUUGCAUAGCAGAGAACAUAUUCAUAUGAAGUGUGUAUUUGGUUUAUUCGGACCCAGAGAGCGUUUACAAAGUUAUGGAUUUAAAAGAAAAAAGAAAAAAAACGACUUAAGACUUUUUACCUUGCUCUUUGUCCAUAGUUGUCAUAUACACUUUUGAGUCAUACUAUGGAUUACAGAAUGUUACCACAACAUUAUUGUGGUGUAAUAAAAAAUAUUCAUGGAG